UGACGUAAUGAUUUGAUUACUUUUCCUUUACACAUUUAAAUUGUCAAAUCAACAAUCUAAAAUUUUAUUGUUUAUUCCCUUAUUAUUCACCAAUUUAUUUUGAUUUUACUAGUUUUCAAUGAAUCAGUAAUCAUUCAAGAACACUUUUCUAUACCUGAAAUAAAAGAAUACCAAAUUACCAAGCAAAUAAUGUAGUUUCGCCCGCCAACCUGUAUCAACAGAAUGAACAGUAAUACUAAUAACAAUCAUCAAGAAAAUGACAAUACCAGUUGCAGUGAUAAAGCUCAGCUUGAACUAUAUAACUUAAUUGGUGGGAGCUGGCCACCAGCACCCCGUGCACCUGAGCGACUUGAGUAUGGGUCAGUCCCUAGAACUCAUAAUCGCACUAUGCAGCAUAAUUCACCUAAUGAACGAAUAAAGUCUUUGAACUUGCUCGCUCAUCUAGCUCCUGAACGACGUCGCAAUAAGCCAACUGUAUCCACAUCAGCACCAUUAACAGUCGGACAGAACUCUGGACAGAAGUCCAAAAUGGUACAAGAACCUAAGAAAAUUGGUACUUGCAUCCUUGUUGACGUCCGUAGUGACGAUACGCCGUCGGAGGAGGUGUACGACACACCGGCACUGGGGUCCCCUCGAGCAGUCGCGCCAACAUCGACAUCUCCACUUCAAUUACAAGAAGAAAUUGGUGUUGGAUCCUUAGUUGAAGUGGCAACGGAUGUUGAUCAACAUUAUUAUGGAGUUGUCAGGUGGAUUGGCAUAGUUGAUGAUACUGCGACGGCGGGUGUUGAGUUGGAACAGAAUGUCUCAGGAUUAGGCGACGGUUCAAAAGGUGGGACACGCUUGUUUACAUGUGCGCCCGGUCGCGCCCUCUUCGUACCGCUGCCCUUAUGCCGACGCGAUGCGCGAUUCCGAGACACUCCGCCCCCAGAUCGUGCCGACCUCCAUGAGACGAAUGACUUUGAGCAACCCGAUUGUCCAGUAGUGCCGGGCGUUGUACCACCGCUGAGCUCACUGGGCGAACUGGCCGGCAAGAACCGCGGUAUCCAGGGCCAUCACAACUCGUGUUACCUGGACGCAACAUUGUUUGCCAUGUUUACUUUCACUAGCGUUUUCGAUGCUUUACUUUAUCGCCCGCCGGAGGCCGAGGACUCGCCGCACUACUCGGAGGUGCAGCGCGUGCUGCGCGAGGAGGUGGUGAACCCGCUGCGGCGGCACGGCUACGUGCGCGCCGACCGCGUCAUGAAGCUGCGCACGCUGCUCGAGCGGCUCUCCGACGUGCCCGGACUCACCUCCGAGGAGAAGGAUCCUGAAGAAUUUUUAAACGGUUUGGUAGCACAAAUAUUACGGGCAGAACCAUUUUUAAAAUUGUCUUCAGGGCAGGAAGCAUAUUGUUACCAACUAUUUGUGGAAAAAGAUGAACAUGUCUCGCUACCCACUGUUCAGCAGCUACUGGAACAGUCAUUUGCUACAUCUGGCGUAAAACUUAGUGAAGUUCCAGCAGCUUUCAUAAUUCAAAUGCCCAGAUUUGGAAAGCAAUAUAAGCUUUAUCAACGAGUAUUACCGUCACCGCUUCUCGACGUUACUGAUCUCAUCGAAGGAUUGCCGCGGCAGUGCACGGUGUGCGGCUCGCUGGCGCGCUGGGAGUGCGGCGAGUGCAGCCGCGGCGCCGCGCUCGAGGCGGGCGCGCUGUGCGCCGCCUGCCUGCGGCUCACGCACGCCGCGCGCCCCAACCAUCAGGCAACUCCUUUAACUGUCUGUGAAGAAUUUGAAAAUAUUCUCGAAUCUUGCCCAAUUCCAAGAGUUUAUAUGGAACUAUUUGCAGUGCUAUGUAUAGAAACGAGUCACUAUGUAGCCUUUGUGAAGGCAGGAGUGGGGCACGACGCGCCGUGGUGCUUCUUCGAUUCUAUGGCCGAUAGAAAAGGCGAGCGGAACGGCUACAACAUUCCGGAAAUAGUGUGCAUCGAGUCGCUGGGCGCGUGGCUGAGCGAGGAGGGCGGGCGAGCGCCGGCCGCCGCGCCCGCCGCGCGCCAGCUGCCCGCGCACGCGCGCCGCCUGCUGGCCGACGGCUACAUGUGCUUCUACCGCAGCCCCGACGUCGCCAUGUACCGCUAGCCGCCGGCCGCCGCGCCCGCCGCGCGCCAGCUGCCCGCGCACGCGCGCCGCCUGCUGGCCGACGGCUACAUGUGCUUCUACCGCAGCCCCGACGUCGCCAUGUACCGCUAGCCGCCGGCCGCCGCGCCCGCCGCGCGCCAGCUGCCCGCGCACGCGCGCCGCCUGCUGGCCGACGGCUACAUGUGCUUCUACCGCAGCCCCGACGUCGCCAUGUACCGCUAGCCGCCGGCCGCCGCGCCCGCCGCGCGCCAGCUGCCCGCGCACGCGCGCCGCCUGCUGGCCGACGGCUACAUGUGCUUCUACCGCAGCCCCGACGUCGCCAUGUACCGCUAGCCGCCGGCCGCCGCGCCCGCCGCGCGCCAGCUGCCCGCGCACGCGCGCCGCCUGCUGGCCGACGGCUACAUGUGCUUCUACCGCAGCCCCGACGUCGCCAUGUACCGCUAGCCGCCGGCCGCCGCGCCCGCCGCGCGCCAGCUGCCCGCGCACGCGCGCCGCCUGCUGGCCGACGGCUACAUGUGCUUCUACCGCAGCCCCGACGUCGCCAUGUACCGACCGCCGGCCGCCGCGCCCGCCGCGCGCCAGCUCGCGCACGCGCGCCGCCUGCUGGCCGACGGCUACAUGUGCUUCUACCGCAGCCCCGACGUCGCCAUGUACCGCUAGCCGCCGGCCGCCCGCCCGCCGCGCACCACCACGACGCACCACCAUGAGUUAGAGAUCGAUGUACUAGAAUUUACUUUAAAAAAAAAAAAGACCAAGAGUUAGAAUUUGAAAUCAAAACCGGAAUACACUCUCUUGUCGAGCAUCCCUCCGUUAUAAGGAUUUUUUUUAUUUCCAUGUAAAUCUAAAUAAGGAGUGGAGCUGUAUUUGUAUGAAAUCGACCGAUUCAGCUUUUUAAAAUAGGUUUAAUAAUAAUAACGUCUUUUAAUUCGAGCAAUAGGCACAUACCAAUAUACAUGGACUCAUACUUUUUACCAAGUAUUAGAUUGUAAAUACAUGUCUUGAUGUCUUAUGCUCAAUUGUAUAUUAAUUGUAAUGUUAAAUGAUAAGGUGUGGACAUAGUCUAUUGCUUACCAUUUAAACAGGUUUAAUGCUCGAUCGUCACGAUGAACGUCGGUUUAAAUCUUUGAUUAGUUACCGAGAUAUGACUAUUAAAACCAACAUUUCAGUAUUACAAUACAGACAAAAACAUACAGCAUACUGAGCUGACACACCUCUAAUUAUGUAUCUAUCUUUUAUAUAUAUAACAAUCAAUUACUAUUCGUUAGUCUCGCUAAAACUUGAAAAGGCUUGAUCGAUUUGAAUAUUUCUUUUUACUUUGUUCAUUAUAAUACAGAGGUGAUUUAAAAGAAAUAAGUGUGAAAAUUUUUAAAGAUUAGUUGAAAAAUUAAAAAUAGAUUAUUUUGUAUAGGAAUUGCUACUUCAGAUUACUUUUAUUAUAUGGCAUUGUAGGUGAUACGAAGUUUAUCGGGUCAUCUAGUAUUAAAAGAAAACGUUAGUAGAAAUCAACAAUAUUGUAAUAUAUAGUAGCACAUAUUAUAUGUAUAUAAAUGUUUAACAGUGCAAUAAAGGAAUGCAAAUAAUAGUUUCAUAUUUGUACUUAGUACACUUUUGUAAUUUAUAUGUUAAAAAAUAUUUUAUUACUAAUAUAAAUAGUUAUUUUCAAACCUA